GAUAAGGUACACAGAGUCAGACGAUUUUCUGACAUUUGUCACAAUAUUUUGCAGAUGCAAACGAAUAGCAGUUCAAUUACAUGAGCGGAUUUGGAAAUGAAUUUUCCAGUGAGGAUCCCAGGUGUCCUGGAGCACUUCCUGUUGGGCAGAACAAUCCCCAGAAAUGUCCGUAUGGACUCUACGCCGAGCAGCUCUCAGGGAGCGCCUUCACAGCACCACGAGAAACCAACAAACGAAGUUGGCUGUACAGAAUCCGGCCAUCAGUUGUGCACCACCCCUUCAAGAAGACAGAGCGUGGACUGAUCACUCACAACUGGGACGAGGUCGACCCAAACCCAAAUCAGAUGAGGUGGCACCCGUUUGACUUUCCAAAGAAGAAAGUGGAUUUUGUUAAUGGUAUGACAACAAUAUGUGGUGCGGGGGAGCCUAAGUCACGAAACGGGGUGUGUGUCUACAUAUACACCUGUAAUACCUCAAUGACUGACAGGUGUUUCUACAGUUCAGAUGGAGAUUUUCUUAUAGUGCCACAACAAGGUUCCCUGCUUGUCUCCACAGAAUUUGGUAAAAUGAAAGUAGAUCCAAAUGAGAUCUGUGUCAUUCAGCAAGGCAUGCGGUUCAGUGUUGAUGUUGAGGGGCCAACCAGGGGGUACGUCCUGGAAGUAUUUGACGGCCAUUUCACUCUCCCCAACCUGGGACCCAUAGGAGCCAAUGGACUAGCCAAUCCCCGUGAUUUCCAGACGCCUGUUGCAUGGUAUGAAGACAGAGAGGUGAAACAGUAUACAGUCAUCAGCAAAUACCAGGGGCACCUGUUCUCAGCCACACAGACCCACUCUCCAUUUGAUGUUGUUGCUUGGCACGGGAACUAUACUCCUUACAAGUACAACCUCAGUAACUUCGUAACCGUCAACACUGUAUCUGUAGAUCACAUGGACCCCUCCAUCUUCACUGUUUUGACCUGUCAGUCAACUAAACCAGGUGUAGCGAUUGCCGACUUUGUCAUCUUUCCUCCACGAUGGGGCGUGGCAGACAAGACAUUCCGUCCCCCUUACUACCACAGGAAUUGCAUGAGUGAAUUUAUGGGUCUGAUUCACGGAUCUUAUGAAGCAAAGGAGGAGGGAUUCCGUCCAGGUGGUGCCACACUCCACAGUAUAAUGACACCGCACGGUCCUGAUGCCGGCUGCUUUGAGAACGCUUCCAACUGCAAUCUUAAACCACAGAGGGUUGCUGAGGGAACCAUGGCAUUUAUGUUUGAGUCAUCACUUAGCAUGGCAGUGACAAAGUGGGCCAAUGAAAACAAAGUCGAUGACCAAUACUUCAGCUGCUGGCAACCACUUAAAAAACACUUCACUGGAAAAUCAGGCGAGGAUGAAGUCGAUGAUGACAAUGGUCCGAGCAAAGGAAAGAAGAAGAAACAUUGAAUUAGGGAGUCCGAAAAACAGAAGAUUUGAUAAAAAAGGGAGGGGGGGCUUAGAGAUAAUGGAACAUCAGGGUAUCUCCUGAAAUUGUGAAAAUAGUGUUCCUAGACUCUCAACAGUGGGAUGUGCAUAAGGUGUUUCAGGAGUAAUUAGUGAGACAACUGUGUCAUUUCAUGGUGCAAGAAUUCUUGUCAAUGCUGUGACAAAAUUGUUGCUGUGCUUUUAAUCCCUUUUGGUGUUGAAUCUCUUAUCUUUGUAUUCAGCUUUAAAGAAGACACUGCGUUCAUGCUAAUGACAUUUGCAGUUUUCUUCUCGAAUUCCUCUUGAUUGUCAUAAUAUUAUACCCCAUACGUGAAACACUUCAUUCUGUGUGUUAUAUGUAAGUGUAUAUGAACUCUGAUUACAGUAAUACAUGCUUAUAGUGAAGUGCUGGAGAUAAACAAUUUUUAUGCAUUAUAAACUUAAUUGCUUAUUUCCAAUGAGUUCACAUUGUUUUAAAACUCUGGGAAAUGAAAAUCCUCCACUGUAAGCAUGGAUUGAUUAUAAACGGGCUCAUUAUAGGCAUGUUUUACCAUAGAAGCUUUCCAGUCAGAAUUGUAUCAUAAAUCAUGUUACUCAAGACUCCAUGGCUUGACUGUUUUUCAACACUUGGAAUUUGUUAACCCUGCAUCCAGUAUGAAUUAAUUCUUAGUCAUUUUUGCAACAUGUGGUGUAUGUAGAUGGAGAAUCAUAUCAAUUUUUUAGUUUCAAUGUUGAUACCAUGUAAUUUAUCAAUAAAACUUAUAAUGUUUUC